AUGUCGAGCUCAUCUCCCUCAGUACCACCACCGGGCACAGUUCCGUACCACGAGCCAUCGAUCCCUCGCCUCUUGACGCUAUCCUCGCUCAUCUACCUCUUGCAAGUCGCUCGAUCGGUGGCAAACGCGAUCUUCGGUGCUGGUCUAUUGGGCGAGAUCAUGAUUGGCGUUAUCUAUGGGCCUGUAGCCAAGAUUCUGCCUAUCGAAUGGGAAGAGACCAUUUUGGUGUUGGGUUACCUCGGCCUUGUCUUGAUCGUCUUUGGUACGUCAUGAACACGGCACAGCUCCUCUCUCCGUUCCUUAUCAGGUAAUUAAUCUUAUCUCAUGCCCAACGCUGCAGAAGCAGGCCUGGACAUCAAGCCCUCGUUGUUCGUACGGGCGCUCCCGUUAUCGACGAUCGCAGCAUUACUUGGCAUCCUUACUCCCCUCGCCUUCACCUUCGCGCUAUUCCAAGCCUUCGGAUACCCAACGCUGCACGCCUUCACAGCAGGAUCUGCACUGGCUUCCACCUCAUUGGGGACGACGUUCUAUGUCCUCAGAGCACAGUCGACGCCGGCUGCGAGGACAGGUCAAAAUGUGGGGUCGCUUGAACCGCCUCCUGACUUGGCCGAGACGAGGAUUGGAGUGACGUUGCAAGCUGCGGCUUUGAUUGAUGAUGUCGUUGCGUUGGUAUUACUGGUAAGCACAAUCCUAUGCUGCAGCCUUGAGCUUGAGCCUAAGCCCGAUCCAAGUUAUCCCCGUCAUCGCAGGCGGUUAUCGUCUCGCUCGCAAAAUCUCAAGGCAACACCUCGAACCUAGGAUGGACGGUCGGUCGACCUCUCCUCGCCUCCAUCGCCAUGGUCCUUGUCAUACCUCCUUUGGGUCUAAUUGUCGCUCGUCCCCUAUUUCGGAAGUGGCUCGAGGCCCCGGUCGAAAGGAUCGGGAGGAAUGCAGAGUUGUUGCUCGGGAUGGUCGUGCUUUCGGGGUUUCUCGCUAUGUGAGUGAUGCUUUCGACGAGUCCAGUUAAGAAAUAGUGAGUGAUGGCUAACACAACCACUGCUCCCAUCCAUUUACAGUGCCUACUAUGCCGGUACGACGAUGCUCCUCGGUGCCUACCUCGCCGGCGUCUUUCUCCAUUCCCUCCCUUCCCCUACCUCGACCGUCGAUUUUCAAUGCACCUACUCAACUUGGGUCGGCCCUCUACAAAAGCACCUCUUCGCGCCCUUCUUUUUCUCUUCGAUCGGAUUCUCGAUUCCAUUUCUGCAGAUGUGGAGAGGGAGGAUUAUCUGGAGGGGGAUUGUGUAUGCGAUUUUGAUGGCGCUGGGGAAAGGAUUGGUCGGGUUGACCGUCGUCAUACAGGAUACGAUUCGGCCUCCGACAAAUGUCGGUUCCGCCAAGAGGCACGCGGAAGAGGAAGAGAGAAAGUCGAAGGAGCCGGAGGUAGGAAGGAUAUGGUCACGAAUUUUCGGCACGCGUGAUGCCGUUGAUGCGAAGAAGGACAAGCCCGUAGCCAUCGCCAUGUCGUCGGCGGCUGAACGCAAUAGGGCGGGACAUGUACAUCCUCUCACACCAAUCUCUACUCGAGGAGCGACAAAUGAUCCCAAAUCGACAGCUCUGCCGUCGGACAUCUCGUCAUCGACCCAAGUCGUCUCCCCUUCCAUCACGACGUCAGCGACCCUCGUCGCUCCUCCACCAAGUCGCCAGUCCUCAAGUCCUCGAAUCAGCUCAUUAUUACACGAUACCCUACCCACCGCCGCCUUCCUAGGCGUAGGCCUCAUCGCGCGAGGUGAGAUCGGCGUGCUGAUUUUACAAAGCGCGAUAAACUCUUCAUCCUCUCCAGGAAGUGCAAAGAUGUUAGGCGAAGAAGCUUUUCUUGUUGCUGUGUGGGCCGUGGCGUUGUGUACGAUCGUGGGUCCUGUUGGGAUGGGGUGGGUGUGUAGGAGGUUUGGGGCCAGACUCGUGGAGGGCCCUUGGGGCGCGGUCGGCACAGGUCGAUGA